GCAGCAGAGCGGCAUAUAUGGCACAAGCACCCAUCCCCAGCGGACGAGUUGUUGAAGUGCGCUGCAACCGUUUCUACUACUCGAUCUAUUCACCACAAGGCUGAGCCUACCGUCAUUCUUUCUCUCUCCAUUCUUUUCUAAACCACCACCAUUACCACCACCAUCAAAAUGAUGAACAACAAGGCCCUUGCGCUCCUCGGCGCCCUCGCUGCCACCGCCACCGCCCAGAGUGAGAACAUCCGCUUCGGCUCGGCUUACUCCCUCGGCGCCACCAACUCGUACAUUGUCGAGGCCGAGACCACCAUCUACCCCGGCAAGACGCACUCCCCGGCGCAGGACCGCCUCGCGCUCUGGCCGGGCAUGGGCACCGACUCUGGCGACCUGAUCCAGGCUAUUGUGCUGUCGACGGACAAGCAGGACGGCGAGUGCGGCGGCACCAACGACCAGUGGUGCGUCUUCGCCAGCGUGCUGCAGGGCUCGCAGAUCAGCGGCGACUCCGUCCCCGUUGACGCUGGCUUGGGCAUCACCAUCAAGUACGCGUACGACGACUCCUCCAAGAACUACACCCAGACCGUCACCGUCGACGGCAAGGUCAUCUCCUCGCUGGAGUCGUCCUCCGGCAAGGCCAUCGGCUGGGGCACUGCCGUCGAGGCGCAGAACGACCUCUCCGGCACCGUCACCGCGCACUCCUACGAGAAGACGACCAUCAAGCUCGCCGAAGCCGACCUGGCGUUCAAGGACACGCUCGUGCUGAACGAGGCCGAUGCCUCCGACAUGAUCACCUCGGACAACGGCAAGACGUGGACGAUCGAGAAGAUCAACAUCCACGACUCGCAGUUCUAGAUAUACGACUCAUGUGACUAUGUAGGGUAGUUGUGAGAGAGCGUUUUUUUGUACGCUUUGUAGGCGCUGCUUUGAUGGUUGAA